CUCCUCACUCCUUUCUCGCGGAUCUGCACACGGAAGAUCAUCUGCCCACCCCCGACGUCUUAGGUCACUAUACGUCUGGCACGCCGCCUAUAAAAGCGGCAGGAAAUUCACCCGGCAGGCAGCCAAACGCAACCCGAAUUGCAGGAGAGGAAGCGCCCCCUCCGCAAAAGCCUAAAAUCCCCGUAUCGGCACAAGUGCGUCCCAGACAUGGAGCGAUCCCUUCGCCUCGCUUUGGUGUGCGUCGGCGUGUCCCUGCUCGUCUCGUGUCACUCCGUCCAAGCCUGGUACAAGCAGUCCACCGGGCCCGCUUACUACUCCGUGGGGCGAGCCUCCGGCUUGCUCUCUGGAAUCAGGAGGUCGCCUUACGUGCGCAGGUCCGAUUCCCAAGAAACGUCAGUGGACGGCGGCGAGACGAUAGGCGUCGACGUUGUUCCGGAAUGGGCCAGGCAGGUCUCGUUGCUCAAAAGUAUGGCUAUUUGCGUGAAGGACAUCUCCCCGAACUUGAAGAGCUGCGAGUUGCUCCGGGACGGUACCGGCACCUUCCAGUGCAAGGCGGACGUCUUCCUCACCGUGGACUCGCUGGACUGCCUGUCCGCAUGAGUCCACGGUGCGCUCAUCUUGUGGCCCAUUAUAGACUCCUGAAUGUUUUGUUUUUCCUCCUCAUUUCAAAAUGACCAUUAUGUUUUAUUGUUGUGUGUUGAGUGAGUACUCAAUUAGAAAAAAUGCACUGCAAAUUUAAAUCACACUUCAUGUUGGUUGUCCUGUCCAUGAUGUGUAUCUUCGCUGGUGUAUGUGAGAAGCUGAUUCCUGUAAAUUACUUUUUAUCUAUU